CGCGCUCCCAGGAGGGAGAGGUCUCCGAGCAAAAGCGAGCGGCCCGUUAUCGGAAGGGAGCCUCUGGGCCGAGCCAGGGACGAGGGCACCAUGGCCGCCCUCCUGCUGCUGUCCCUGUUGCUGCUGCCACUCCUGCUGCUGCGGAAGCUGCACAUCUGGCCCCGGCUGCGCUGGCUCGCGGCGGACUUGGCCUUCGCGGUGCGCGCCCUACGCUGCAAACGGGCUCUUCGAGCGCGCGCCCUGGCCGCGGCCGCCGCCGACCCGAGGGGCCCCGAGGGGGGCUGCAGCCUGGCCUGGCGCCUCGCGCAACUGGCCCGGCAGCGCCCAGCACACAUCUUCCUCAUUCACGGUGCGCGACGCUUCAGCUACGCGGAGGCCGAGCGCGAGAGCAACCGGGCUGCGCGCGCUUUCCUGCGCGCCCGGGGCUGGGACGCGGGGCUCGGCGGCGGCGCAGAGGACGAGCGGGCCGCGGGAGUUGCCGGCGCCGCGGCCCCUCUCGCACCCGGGGCCACCGUGGCGCUGCUCCUCCCCGCCUGCCCAGAGUUCCUGUGGCUCUGGUUCGGGCUAGCCAAGGCCGGCCUGCGCACAGCCUUUGUGCCGGCCGCCCUGCGCCGGGGUCCCCUCCUGCACUGCCUCCGCAGCUGCGGCGCGCGCGCGCUGGUGCUGGCGCCAGAGUUCUUGGAGUCUCUGGAGCCUGACCUGCCAGCCCUGAGAGCCAUGGGGCUCCGUCUUUGGGCUGCAGGCCCUGAAACCCAUCCUGCUGGAAUCAGCGAUUUGCUGGCUGAGGCCUCCGCUGAAGUGGAUGAGCCAGUGCCGGGGUACCUCUCUGCCCCCCAGAGCAUAAUGGACACGUGCCUGUACAUCUUCACUUCUGGCACCACGGGCCUCCCCAAGGCUGCUAGGAUCAGUCAUCUGAAGAUUCUGCAGUGCCAGGCGUUCUACCAGCUGUGCGGAGCCCACCAGGAGGAUGUGAUCUACCUUGCCCUCCCACUGCACCACAUGUCCGGCUCCCUGUUGGGCAUUGUGGGCUGCUUGGGCAUUGGGGCCACAGUGGUGCUGAAGUCCAAGUUCUCGGCUGGCCAGUUCUGGGAGGACUGCCAGCAGCACAGGGUGACAGUGUUCCAGUACAUCGGGGAACUGUGCCGAUACCUUGUCAACCAGCCCCCGAGCAAGGCAGAACAUGGACAUAAGGUCCGGCUGGCGGUGGGCAGUGGGCUGCGCCCAGACACCUGGGAGCGUUUUGUGCGGCGCUUUGGGCCCCUGCAGGUGCUGGAGACCUACGGACUAACAGAGGGCAACGUUGCCACUUUCAACUACACAGGACAGCUGGGUGCUGUGGGACGUGCGUCCUGGCUUUACAAGCAUGUCUUCCCCUUCUCUUUGAUUCGCUAUGAUGUCACCACAGGGGAGCCGAUUCGGGACACUCAGGGGCACUGUGUGGCCACAUGUCCAGGUGAGCCAGGGCUGCUGGUGGCCCCAGUAAGCCAGCAGUCCCCAUUCCUGGGCUACGCUGGGGGGCCAGAGCUGGGCCGGGGAAAGCUGCUAAAGGAUGUGUUCCGGCCUGGGGAUGUUUUCUUCAACACUGGGGACCUGCUGGUGUGCGAUGACCAGGGUUUUCUCCGCUUCCACGACCGUACUGGAGACACCUUCAGGUGGAAAGGGGAGAACGUGGCCACCACUGAGGUGGCAGAAGCCUUGGAGUCCCUGGAUUUUCUUCAGGAGGUGAACGUCUACGGAGUCACCGUGCCAGGGCACGAAGGCAGAGCUGGAAUGGCGGCCCUGGUUCUACGUCCCCCCCACUCACUGGACCUUGUGCAGCUCUACGCCCAUGUUUCUGAGAACUUGCCACCGUAUGCCUGGCCUCGAUUCCUAAGGCUCCAGGAGUCUCUGGCCACCACGGAGACCUUCAAGCAACAGAAGGUGCGGAUGACAAAGGAGGGCUUUGACCCAAGCACACUGCCUGACCCCCUCUAUGUUCUGGACCAGGCUGGGGGUGCCUACCUGCCCCUCACACCUGCCCGGUACAGUGCCCUCCUGGCUGGGGACCUUCGCAUCUGAGAACCCCGCAUGCUCAGGUGCCUGAGGGAGCGACUUUGUGGGUUGGGGGCAUGGCAGGUGUACUGGGGACUGUCUGGGGUCUUUUUUAUACCAGAUUUGGAAUCAUUAUUUUGUAAUAAACGGGACCAGAGCCAGUCUAGCUCUGUCUUUCU